UUUCCCGCGAAAUUGUCGACGGGAGGAUGCCAGGAAGUCCGCCAUCGAUGCUGAUGCUCGUUCGCGCAGCCUUAAGCUUCUACAACGCAAGGAGGCACCCGCGCGUAUUUCCUCAAGAAUGCUUCGAGAAACACGUUGUUGCGGAUAUCGAGACAUACGUGUUGAGGCGGAAGCACCUCGGGCAACAUAAAUGUGCUCAGCGCCUUCAUGAAGUAUACACGUACAACGGACAUAAUUUUCCCCCACGUCGUGCGUAGGUUGUCGAGUAUGGUAUUGGUGAAUGCUUCGAGCACGAAUGCGUCCAGCAAGUUGCCCAUAUCGUGCAAGACGCUUCGUCGAGUAUGAUCUUGGAGAUGCUGACAUUCGACUUUGUGGAGACGGAUUCAAGAAGCAAUGCGUCCAUCACGAACAGCCAUGAGCUCCUGUUGGCGUUCCUCCGCACGAUGGAGCUUGUCUUGGAAACACUCCCUCAGCUACCUCCAGCCGUUGCUUUCGACGUGAAGAUGACCUUCCACCCAGACAAGCUGCCAUAUGCCACAUGGCGACCUCCAUAUUGCGCGAAAACGACGUCGAACACCCCUGCAAUCGCACUCGAUGAGGUCGAUCGCAUUGACAUUGGCACGUUAAAGUCGAGUACGUACGGCAACUGUCGCGUGUCACUGCAGACACGUCGCCAAAUUUGCUGGACGACCUUUUCCAACCACGUAGCAAUUCCACCACGCUUCCAACAAACGAAAGAGUCAUGGCUAGCCAAGGUCAAAGCCGUCGUCAUGGAAUCGACAAACCCAACGCUCAAGCACGUCAAGAAGCGUCUGCCUGCGCUGCGCCAUGACAUAGCGCAGUGGUGCUUCCUUCAACUUGUUGACGAACACGUUCUCGAACGCCAGGGGCGAAGCCAUCGGUAUCGAAUGCGACCUGCAAUGCACGCAAGCCCCCCUGGCGCCUCUCCCAGGGAAGGAUCUAGCCCGCACAACGAGUCUGACGUCGAAACGUUGACGCUGGCGGGAGCGCUGCUGACAGGGCAACCUGAGUGCAGUAUUGUCCACUCGUUUCGUGGCAUUGUGCGACUCGACACGAAGAUGGCAUUUGGGACCCCCGAGGAAGGAUUACGCGCAAGCGCCGAGUGCCCAGUGUAUGCCCACCCAGCGUUUUGGGCGGGGCUGCCAGACACAACGUUCCCUUCGUAUGGCACUCCUGCAUCGGUGGCCGCGGAUUUGAUUAAAGACGACCUCUCCCUCGACUGCAACCCCAAAAUGAACCUGGCGUCCUUUGUGACGACGUUUAUGGAAGCAGAAGCCGAAGCGAUCUUGUUUGAAGGAAUGCGGAAGAAUUUUAUCGAUUUGGACCAGUACCCGCAAUCGGCAGACAUCCACAAGCGAUGCGUUGCGAUGCUGGCGGACCUGUACCAUGCCCCUGGAGACCCCGUGGGGACCAGCUGCGUCGGAUCGUCGGAAGCCAUCAUGCUGGCUGGACUGGCCAUGAAACGCAAAUGGCAGCACCGACGAAAAGCCAAGGGCCUGCCCACCAGCAAGCCCAACAUGGUCAUGGGGGCGAAUGUGCAAGUAUGUUGGCACAAAAUGUGCCAAUACUUUGACGUGGAGGGCCGUGAAGCCGAUGUCUCGCCGGAUUGCCUCGUGCUGACCCCCGCACGGGCCAAGCCGCUCAUUGACGAAAACACGAUUGGCGUGUGUGUUGUUCUGGGCAGCACAUUCAACGGCGAAUUUGAAGACGUGCAAGGUGUGCACGAUCUGUUGAUCCAGCUCAACUUGGAGCAUGGCUGGGACGUGGGCAUUCACGUGGACGCAGCGAGCGGGGGGUUCAUUGCGCCGUUUUUGAACCCCGACCUCAUGUGGGACUUUCGAUUGCCCCUUGUCAAGUCGAUCAAUGUUAGUGGCCACAAAUUUGGUCUGGUGUAUGCCGGAAUUGGGUGGGCACUGUGGCGAGAAACCAGCGACUUGCCCGAGGACCUGGUAUUCCACGUCAAUUACUUGGGGGGCGACCAAGCAGCGUUCACACUCAACUUUUCAAAAGGCGCUGGCACGAUCCUUGCUCAAUAUUACAAUUUCAUUCGCAUGGGGCGCCAAGGGUACCGGCUCAUUAUGGAUGCCGGCAUGAGCACGGCCGAAUACUUGCGAUGCCGCUUGCGCGAAACCGGCCACUUUGACAUCGUCGACAAAGCCCACAUGCCCCUGGUCGCGUUUAAGUUGAAAAAGUCGGACAAGUACACGUGCUUUGACAUUCAAGAUAAAGUGCGGUCCCGAGGGUGGAUUCUCCCGGCGUACACGUGCCCUCGUGGAGCCGAGUCGCUCGUGAUCAUGCGUGUCGUGGUGAAGCAAAACUUUACUCGCCCCAUGGCCGACAUGCUUGUCCAAGACAUCACUCGCGCGAUUCACUUUCUCGAGUCCCCUCGCGUCCAGCGAUCUAAAGUUGUCCCCACCACAAAACACGACUCGAAGCUUGCCCUAGCGAUAGGCCACAGCACCAAGCACCGCAAGUCUGGCCUCCGCACACAUGGCGACAAUGGGCUCCAGAGCGAGCCAUGCGACGUCCCACCGUCUUUGGUGCGAACAUAUACCACGAAACCCACGAUUUCGUCCAAGCAACUUCAGCAGCUCUUGCGGUGGGCCAACAGUCUCAAGGCGUGGCCGGAAGAAAUUACCGCCAGCAAGAUGCCAAAGCAAAUGCAAAACGGCGUGCUACUUUGCUAUCUCGUCCACGUGCUCGUGCCAGACUUUAGCUUGAUCAAGGUCAACCCAAAGGCCAAGUCGUUUCGAGCUGCCCAGCUCAACUUGGAAGCCAUCCUGCAAUGCUUGAGCCGGUUUUCUACAUGUACUCGCAAUCUCCUCACGCCCGAGGCCAUGUGGGCCGGCGACCGCACAGCAUUGGCGGUGUUCUUGCAAGAGCUCCUGCACAAAGUCGCCGUCCGACGCGUUCCCGUCCAAGCCAUCCGAUUGUGGGCGCAAGGGACUCUGCAGAAGUAUGGCAUCGCUUGCGACGAAGCCACGUCGUGGAAUGUCCUGGAAGACGCUGCGGUGGGCCUUUGGGACGCAUUUCGAGACGGGGUUCGGCUGUGGUGCCUUCUACACUACUAUGGGUACGACAAUUCGCCGGCCCGGGAGCACUUGUUUCAGAUGAGUCGCGUCCAUGGCUAUCCCAAGGAGCGAAACGAAGCCCAAGAGAACGGAGCGAUCGUGUGCUCGGUGCUUCAGCACUUUGGCAUUCCAGUGGUGUGGGAUCUGUCCACCGCCUCGACCCACAAAAGCCACGCGUUUGUCCUGGUGCAAUUGCACCAUCUGUACGAAUGCUUGCACGACAAGGUGACGCCGCUGACAUCGAGCCCCGACCAUCCUGUUUAUGUCGUCCACGACGAAUUCAACGGUGUUAGAGUUCAUGGGAUACAUUUCGCCGACUCGAGUGAUGUCGAGUACGCCGAUCGCGACGACGUCGAGAUGCGUCUGCAGUUUGCCGAGCAGCGACCCAUGGGGAGGUCCGAGCUCGUGCCCCGACGACAUGCCAGCGCUUCCCUCGUUGCUCCAGAGUCGACAGAAUUAUAUGGUCCAGAGGAUGCACCUCCAGGUCCUGCGAACUCGGCAGUGGAAAGCUUUCCAUGGGAUGAGUACGUCCGGCUCAAGAGAGCCAUAGCCGCUGAAGAGUCAAGUCGAAUGAACGACGAAGAAGUGUGGGGGGUGUCAAAAACCAUCGAAAGCUGA